AACCAAUCUUGCCCAUCAUAAACCAGGCAGCAAAUUGCAACAACCGAAAGGGAAAACUUCCCUGUUCCAGUAAAUCCCAGCCUGCUCAACUACAUCGCUGCCGUCGCCGCGGCGAUCAGAAGGACAAGACAGGAAAAAGAAAAAGAAGUCUCUGCCGCGGCCGCCGCCGCCGCCGGAUGGCAAAUCCCAUCCCUCGCGAUCGCCGCCGCCAUUAGAAGAAGCAGAAGAGGAGGAGGAGGAGGAGAGAAGAAGGGGAUGGGGGAUUCGAGUUUGGAGCUCCAGGAAUCGGGGUGGGAGGAGCUUCGCAAGGAGGCGAGAAAGAUCGAGGGCGAUAUCGACGUCAAGCUCUCCUCCUAUGCCAAGCUUGGCGCCCGAUUCUCUCACUCUUCGGGUUAUGCAGACAGUAGUUCACCUGUUGCAUCCAGCAGAUCAUGGAAGUCUAUGGAAAUUGAAAUCCAGUCUUUACUAGAGAAGCUACUGGAUAUUAAUGAUGCACUGAGUCGAUGUGCUGCAUCAGCAGUACCUACCACUUCUGUAACCCAAAAGCUUGCAAGACACAGAGACAUACUUCAUGAAUUCACACAGGAAUUUAAAAGAACAAGGGGAAACUUGAACUCCAUGAUGGAGCAUGCUGAGCUUCUGAACUCUGUUAAAAAUGAUAUCAGUGAAUCAAAGGCAUCUGGGAGCAUGUCACCCAGGAUAAAUUUGUUAAGGGAGAGAGCUUCAAUUCAUGGAAGCAUAAAUCAAAUUGAUGAGGUUAUUGGUCAAGCACAGGCCACAAGAUCAGUUCUAGGCACACAGAGGGCUUUGUUUGGUGAUGUUCAGGGAAAGGUCAAGCAGCUGGGUGACAAAUUUCCUAUAAUUCGAGGCCUUCUUGGUGCCAUCAGAAGGAAGCGCUCAAAGGACACACUUAUUCUCUCUGCAGUCAUAGCAGCUUGCACUCUGUUCCUAAUUAUUUAUUGGCUUUCAAAAUGAUGAAUGUUCUGAAAGGCAACAGGGUGAUGGAGAUGCUGCACCAAGUCUCACGGUAUUCCAAUGCGCAUGAAAUAAAAGAAUCGGCAGUCAGAUAACUGUUUUAUGUCAAUCAAGUCAGCAGAUAUUGGAUUGCAUGACAUGGAGAGUAUUAGUUCCAUGGAAUUAUGUCAGAAAAGGGGGUGACAAUUUUUAGCUUUUGCUGUUUUUCCAUAUUUGUUUCUCACUUUUAUGUACAGUUUUUGAUGGAUCUUUGCAUCAUGAAGAUCUUAAUUUACUUCGCAUUGCAAAAGCCAGUGCUUUGAUCAUGAAA